AUGUCUCUCUUCCAGGACAAUGUGUAUUGGACUGACUGGGAAAAUGGAAAAUUGUUCGGGGCAAAUAAGUUCACUGGUGGCGAAGAAGUUGAAUUGGCGGUUAAUCUGCGAGACGUAAUGAAUGUUGUAGUGUUUCAUCAGCAGAGGCAGCCAUUAGGAAAGAAUCCCUGUAAUGUCACUGCAGAGGUUGGACGCUGCAGUCACAUCUGUUUAUUAGCUCCUGUUGCUCUUUACCCAGAAGGCUUUACGUGCCACUGUCCACCAGAAGUGGCGCUGCUUGCUGACCAGAAGACCUGUGGCACGCCGGCUCAGGAAGCCAACUCUUAA